UUUAUACUUCUUAGUAACCUCACUUCGGUUCUGAUGUGUGGAGUUUGCUAAUUAGCAUUGAUUUAGCAGGGUUAAGUUUGUUUCACCUCAGGAUAGCAUUAGCUAAAGAGUCCUUCACUCUUGUAGUCUUGUUGGAAGGACAGCACAAGUGUCUUUGAACCAAACCGAGUCUUUGCUUAAUAAACUGAAGCUGCAGCGACAAUCCCAGCUGUUCUUGUCUCUGCUACAAAUCCAUUUUUAAAUGUGGCGGUUUGCAUCAUUUGUGAAGUGACGACGUGGGAGGCAGCCAACGGAGGUUAGGUUGCUAGGCAACAACUAAUCCAGAAUAUAGCUUUUGACACUGACCAAAACUCAAGCUUUUUUAUUUUAUAUGAGCGUAGUAUGUGUUGCAGUGAGUGUUCUGUUACAGCAUUUUUUUUUAAAUAGUAGGUUUAUUGAGUUCUUAGCAUUAGCAACAUAGGAUAACCUUUGGUAUUUAGCGUUACGUUAACAUACCAUUUGCACAGUUACCAUAGUAACAAGAUACAAGAUCUAUAGAGAUGCUAUAACCAACGCCGAGUAACGUAUGACAAUUUGGACGGGUUCGGUUCUGUGCAUCGUAAUAGCAUUAACAUGGCUCUAGUGAAACGUUGAUAUGCUUUGCUGCUAAAUAACGCAGAGGACGUCCUUGUUUCAGGGAUGGGACAGCCGCCUGUGGUGAUCCUCCGGCGCCUCAUGAGUGGCAGGUAACGUUAGUGACGGUGCAAAAGCAAUGUUGUGCCGCUGUGCACAAUGAAGAAAAUAUUCAGCUUCACCAAGAAAAAGAAACACCCGUCCGGUACUCCUGACAACGGGAGUGUGCUUUCUGUUGGCUAUGACCUGAAAGACAAGGACCUCGGGAAGGUUCACAAGGCUGCAUCAGGGGGUGAUCUGGCAAAGUUGAGGCAGCUCGCCAAAAAGAAUGAUAUCAAUCAACUUGACAAGGAAAACAGAACUGCGCUUCAUAUUGCCUGUGCCAGUGGACAUGCUGAAGUGGUGCAGUUUCUCGUUGAGAGCAAAGCCAAGCUUAACCUAUGCGACAAUCAAAAUAGAUCCGCCCUAAUGAAGGCAGUGCAGUGCCAGCAUGAUUCCUGUGUCAAAAUACUGCUGGAGAAUCAUGCCGAGCCUAACCUGGUCGACAUCAAUGGCAAUACAGCACUACAUUUAUCGGCAAACAUCCCAUCCAUGUCAACUACUAUCGCUCUGCUGGAGCACGAGGCCGACAUCAAUGCACACAAUAAGGAGGGAUUCACACCCUUGAUUGUGGCAGUCCGUGAGGACCAUAUCGAGAUGGCUGAAUUUCUCCUCAAAGAGCGGGCUGAUAUAAAUAUCAUGGACCAAAGCCAAAGGUCCGCUUUAAUGUUAGCUGCAGGCAAUGGACAAAUCAGUAUGUUGCGGCUGCUUCUGAGGUUUGACGCCGAUAUCACAAUAAAGGAUACCAAAGGAUGGUCAGCCGAUGAUUACGCUGUGAUGAAUGGGCAUCAUCCAUGUUCCCUCCUGAUCAUUGAGCACAGUACCCAGAAGAAUGAAGGGCCCUCUAUAUCAAAUCAAGGGCUGAGCAAGAAGAAGACCGUGUUGGGUAGUCCUUCCCAAAACGUUGAAGCGGGCUUCUCUUUGGGAGGACCAGCCAUUGAUAAAGAUGAUUUUGAAGACAAUUCUCAGUCGGAGUCUUUAAGUCGGGUUUCAAAGAGUGCUGCAGAUGAAUGGGCUUCAUCAGAUGACGAUGAUGAAUCCGUUUUAAUCGAACAGAAACCAUCGAAGGUAAACCUGAGGAAAAUGAUUGCAUCUAAAAGAGGAAAAGCUUCUGCGAUACCUGACAAAUCCCUGAGCGCUACAGAAUCUGAACCAGAGAGUGAGAAUAGAGUGCAGAGAAUCCCAUCCCUCCUUAAGGCGUUACCGUCCAGCAAAGCUCCAAAGCGCCCAGUAGAUCCUUCUCCCAUUUCCUUCCUGUCCAAAGCACCCCAGAUGUCUUCUACCCCUCUUCAAAGCUACAAAAAGAAAGAAGAUUCGACUGGGGAUGAGGAUGAUGAUGACCAGAAUGAUGAUGACCAGGAUGAUGAGGAGGAGGAUGAGCAGGAAGAGGAGGAAGAGGAGGAGGAGGAGGAGGAGGAGGAGGAAGAAGAUGUCUCAGAUGAUAAUGAACAACUUCAAGCAAGUGCAGAGUCCCUUGAGGCCUCAGCUGUUCCUGAAACAGAAGUCUCUAAAGAUAAGAAAAGGGAUUUCCUGUCCGAGCUGGGUCUAGAGCAGGGAGAGGAAGAGCAGGACUCUUGGGACUCUGAGUCCCACUCUGAAAACCCCAAAAUUCCACAGCAAGAGAAACAAAGCUCGCUUACCAAAGUUAAAGAAGAGGUGGCCACUGUUGAAGAAGACUUGUUUUAUAUUCCCUCGUUUUUAAGAGAGGAAGGAGGGAAUAGGAUCCUAGAGCCUCGGAGGAGUGUAGGCAGGCCGAGAGGCAGCCAGGGAGAGGUUGGAAACGACCAUACUGGUGAUAAUAGACAAGGAGAUGUUGAGAAAGAUGAUGGUGUACAGAAAGAGACUGAGAAGUCAAAGUGGGAACCUCUUCGUGUUUUGAGCAAACUUGAAGCCGAUCACGAACAGCAGACAGACUUAAUGGAAGAGCUCGGUCUUGGUGAUGUUGAUGAUCUUGAAGAUGCGUCAGACUGGGACUCCGCCAGUACGGCCAGUAAGAGAACCCUGCCCGGCCGCAGAAUGCCCUCCCCUGGACUGGAGGAGUCCCCAGAAUGCUCUUAUCCACCUAAAGAGCAGGAAGAAAACCUUGCUACAGCUGCACCUCCAACAACUCCAAGAAGCAUCAACCCCAACAAAACAACACCCAGCACACCCCCCCCAACCCGUCCCCAACCCCAGCCUCGAGCAAAGAAGAUGGUGCCUGCAAAACCAGAGAGUGAAGAAGAAUCGGAUUGGGAACAAGACAAUGUGGCGUCCACUAGCAAUACAGCCAAAGUUGACAAUCAGCUGCAAAACCUAGCUGAGCUUCAGAUAGCGGUUACACCAGGUUCCCCUGAGCUCCCACCGAUGGCAAGAGACACCAAAACUAGCGAAGAGUCUGACCAGGAGCAACAAAAGGAGGUAGAUGGUGCAGUAGAUAUAUGCGAGCUAGAUCUAAAUAACUCGAAUCCAUCUGGCCAUGCGGGCUCUGACGAUAGAGAAAAGGAUUAUAUCUUUAAAGAUCAACCCAGUUAUGAAGAAAGGGGUGAAGCUAGUGAUGGCGUCCCAUGGGAGAAUCGCUACGAGAAGCUCUGGGUGGAGGUGGAAAAACGGGAGGUGAAAUCCACCUUCAAGAACGUUGCUGGGGAAUUAAAAGAGAAGUUUGGAGAACUGCUUCGAUCAAGACAGACUGCAGAAGUAGUCGUAGAAGAAGAACAGGCCACGGCGGAAUCUACUUCUGCAGACGAAGAGUCGAGCGAUGAAGACGAAGAUGGGGAAGUGAUUGUGCGCCCGACGGCCAGAGCAAGGAGUACCGUCCUUCUCACCAUACCCGAGCAGAGGGAGUCUGGACAGGAAGACUCUCUGGCGGAUUCAACUGACAACUCGUUAUGCGAUGACCUGAUGCAGGUUUCAGCGCCCCCCCCACGUAGUGAGACCAACAUGUGCCGAGAGUCAGAUGUACUCACUGAUGAAGUCCUUGAGGAGCGCAGAUCUCCGUCACCUCCACUCACCACAGCACAAAGAAACAGCUGCGUAGAUCACGUUACCACGGCUCUGAAUGAUGACCAUACCAUGCACAUGUCCGAUGUUGACCGGAGCACAUUCUUAAAGGAUGAGGCCAAACUGAAGCCAUCCCACAAACCACAUCUGGACCUCAUCUGGAAGGACAGCAGUGCUAAUUUAGAUGAUCAAAACAAUGCCAGUUCAGAAGAGGAUCCUGAGGAAUUCGCCAAGUUUCGUCCCCCCUCAAUGAGCAGACGUUCAGCAUCACUCCCAAGUGUUUCUGAUGAAGAUCUUGAGGAGGACAUGGGAAGAUUUAAACUUGAGGUUGGCAAAGACACCAGAACGACUGCAAUGGAGGUGCACAAAUCCAGUACCUCUUGGGAUUCUGGUGGAACGGCAUUGGAAGAAGUGGGCACUGAGAAACCUGAGACCAGGUUAGGAGGCAUGUCAAUUCCAGCGGGAGCAAUUCAUCAGGAGAAGCCGCCUGCAGCCAUCAAGAGCACCAACGAGGCACCAGUGCAAUUGCGUCUCCCGCUCCAGCAGACCUACAAUAGCAGCAAACAGGAGGGACCAGCUGUAGAGGAGACCCUACAGCUGGAGCUGGUCCGAGGGGCCUCGCGCAGCAGAGCCCCUCAGACCAACGCUCAUGUCAAUGGAGAUCCUCUCUCUGUGUUUGACGAUAGCACAUUAAGUGAAGUGUCGGACGAUGAAGGAAGGUUUCCAGCUAGUGGACAGCAGAGAAACAAGAAUCCUGAAGAAGUGGAGAUGGCAGAAGACUUUGAUGAACUCACUCAGUCGUCGGACACGGCCACGGACGACUCUCCCACUUCAGGCUAUCGCCACGCAUCCCUCCUCAUUCAGAAGCUGGACUUAGCCACUUUGGACUCGGUGAAGCUGCAGAACAUUUUCCACGAGUAUGAGCGCUCCAUCCAAAAGGCAAGGAGUCGCCAUGGAUACCUGUCAGACAAGGUGAGCCAGCUGGAAAUGGAGAGGGCGGAGUUGAACAGCUCUCUGGAAGAAGUUAAAGAUGUGAAAUCGGCCUUGGAGCGCAACCAGCUGGAGCUGCAGUCUGAAGUCCCAAACCUCAAAUUUCAGCUGAAACAGGAGCAGGAACAUCGCCGCAACGCCACCAUGAUGUACAACACGACCAGAGACCAGCUUAGAAGGAUGGAGGAGCAGCACCAGGUGGAGGUGCAGGACAAGCAGAAGGUGGAGCUCACCCUCAGGAACCUGGAGCUGGAGAUGAGAACACUGGUCAACAGCAUGAAGCAGCUUGAAGAGGACCACAGUGAGACCCAGAGACUGCUCGCUCAGGAGCGCAGUGCUCGGACGCUGCAGGAGAAUCUGCUCAGCAGCCAUCUCCGUAAGCAGCAAGAGAUAGAGCACGAGAACAAAAUAAACAUCAGCAAAAGCAAUGAGGCUUUGUCUCAGCUCACUGAGGCCAGUGACAGGGAGAGGGAGCUGCUCCAGCAAACUGCCACCUUCCAGGAGCAGCUGAGCAUCCUCAGAGCAGACCUGGAGCGUUCACAGGCCAACAGCAGUCUCAAAGAGAGCCACCUUUUGGAGGAGAAUGAACACCUCAAAGAGCAGCUGGAAGAUGCUCGUCGAGAUCUUAAACUCAACAGUGAAGCCUUGACCCAAACUUUGUUCAACUGCAAUAACCAGCUGACCGCCUUGAAGUCUGAGUUUGCUAUGACGUCAAACCGUCUGGAAAACGAGCGACAGACUCGCGAAACGCUGGACGCAGAAGUCGAUUCCACUCGUGUCCGCCUGGCUGGAGCCGUAAAGGAGGCGGAGCUUUGCCUGUCAGCUCACACAGAGACAGAGAGAGCUCUGCUCCGGGAGAGAGAGGAACACCAGCGUCUUAAGGACAGACUCACAGGUGAAGUAGCCAAUCAACGUGAGUCAGUCAGCAGCCUUUCCCAGAAGCUGUCCAAGGCAGAGACUCGUGCUAACAGCCUGGAGAAUGAAGUUCACCGAGCCACACUGCAGCUGACGGAGAAAAGCCUCCUGCUGGACGUCCUGCAGCGGGAGAAGGACCAGGAGGCUGCCCGGGUGAAGGGUCUAGAAGCGGCCCUGCAGGUGAAGGAGGAGCAGGUGAACCGUGCCGGAGCACGGCAAGAGGCCGCACAGGAGCGGCUAGCCCAAACCCAGAGUGAGAGCAUGUUACUACGGCAGCAGCUAGAGGAGUCCCAAAACAAAGGCGUUGCAAAGGAGCGUGCAGUGACAGACGCCCACGAUCGUUUCAGUGACCUCCUGUCCCAGCUGCGCUCCGACAGCGAGGAGAGGGUACAACUAGUGGAGGAGAGAAGCAAGGAGCUCGCCAGUAAGGCUGCUGAAUUCCGAGAACAGCUCUACAAGAAUGAGGAACUGAGGAGCGAAAGAGAGACUACCUUAAGGCAUCUGCAGCAGGAGCUGGCUGACUCACUCAAGAAGCUGUCAAUGAGUGAGGCUACUCUGGAGGUCAACACACGCUAUCGCAAUGACCUGGAGGAGGAGAAGGCUCGACUCUUUAAAGACUUGGAAAGGCUCAGAGGAAAGCUGGAGGAAAGCGAAGACCAGUAUGUUCAGGCUGAGAGACGCAUUAACAGUCUGAAGAGCAGUCUGGAUGAGAGGGAAAAGGAGCUCUCCACCGCUGUUCAGAAGCACCAGGAGGCGCUGUUAGCCUCGGCAGCUUCUGAUACCACCAUCAAACAGCUGGAGGAAGCUAUGCAAAGGUUGGAGAUAGAGAACGCCCGGCUGGAAGCUGCUGCAAAGCAACAGGCCAACAGAAUUGAAGCUCUUCAGAAAGGGGCUCAGGAGUCUGCCAUGCAAUCCGACUGCUCGCCUGGAGAAGGGGUGAGAGGUCAUUUGGAGGAGUUGGUAACAAACCUCCAAAGCAGUAAGAUGACUUUGGAAGACCAACUCAAUCGAGAGGUCCAGAAGCAGAGCAUGCUGUCCCACACGGCGCACGACUCUCAGGCCCUGUGGGAGGAGGAGCUGAAGAGCCGCUCUAAGCUGGGACUGCGCCUGGCAGAGCUGGAGAAGGAAAAGGGAGACCUCAGCACCCAGAUGGAGAUAGAGAAGAAGAAAGCCAAGAAGAUCUCGGAGCAGAAGAAGGCUGUAGACGCCCGGCUGGAUCAAGAGAUGCAGAGAAACACAGAGCUCCAAAAAGAAAUGUACAGGUUGCGUACUUUAGUGAAGACUGCCAAGAAGAAACUGCGGGAUCAGGACACCGGUGGAGCGGAGUUUGCCUCUCCUCUGGGCAGCCUGCGGGUGGAGCAGGGCAGACACAGCCAGGCCGAGGGGGCGAUUGGCCGGAUGAAAGAAAGGGUGGACGAUCUGCAGGUACAGCUUGAGAAGGAAGCGUCCCGCCGCAGUCAGCUGGAGAAGGUGAACGACGACCUGAAGGAUCAGCUGUCCUCCCUGAAGAGCUCGAGCCGCAGCAACGAGCAGCUGGAGAGGAGUAAGAGGCAGCUGGAGGAGGAGGUGCUGGACCUUAGACGGCGAAUGGAGGCCGUUCAGAUGGAGCAGAGCCAGGUGGAGCAGUACCGCCGUGAUGCCGAGGAGAGGGCCCGUCAGGAGAUCCAACAGAAACUGGAGCAGGUCAACGUCUUCCUGCAGUCCCAGGCAGCAUCCCAGGAAGCGUUGGAUCAGAUCAAAGCGGCCAAUGAGACCAACCUGCGCUCCCAGCUGGAGCAGAAGAUCCGGGAGUUGGAGGGGGAAUUGAACCGGGCCCGCACCACCCAUCAUGACAGCCUCAACCAGAGAGACUCUACCCGCACGGAGCUGGAGCGAUACCACCAACUCUACGCCGAGGAGCUGCGGGUCCGCAAGUCCCUCGCUGCCAGACUUGAGAGGGCCAACAGUCGGCUCUCAGAAGCCAAUUCCAAGCUGCUGAACGAGCGCAGCCGCUCUCUGAUCACCAGCAGCAUCGCUAACGGAAGCCUUGGGGGGCCCACGCUGGACGUGAGCUCUCUGGGUUCACCAUUACACUACGGGGCCACACUGGGGCCCCUGAACAGGAGUCUUGGCCUGGGACUCUCACUCCUUAACCCUGUAACGGACGGGCACAACAGCAGAGUCGAGGACUACCUAGCAAAGAUGCAAAGCGAGUUGGAUAGAAACAUAUCAAAGGAAUUAAACAACGCCUCAGCAGAGCUGGACGUAGCUUCAGCCCGGAUGUCCCCGGUGGGCUCGGCCUCGCGGGUGGAGCUGGACCCCGUCAGCAGGGCCACGCAGCAGUACUUAGAGGUACUGAAGAAGAACAACAUGAUCUGAACACACAUCAUCAUCACUGCUGCUCGCGGACAUUUUAGCCAAAAAAACCCGUCAAAUUCUGACUGUAUCAACAGAAGGCCAAAGCAACCGCCCUUUCUUAAAACACCAUAAUCCCACUUUGUACGUAUUCACUCUCCUUUCUUACAUGGAAGAAGCUAACAUAAUGCACAUUGCACUUAACCACUCAGGAGCAAAGGGCAUGAGUCAUAUGAAUAUAUAUAUACAUCAUUGAUGGGUACACUAAGAGAGAACCUCAAAAGUAUUUGUUCCUUCUGUUUAAUCUGUUACUCUUUGGUUUAUAUUAGCACAAUAUAUAUAUAUAUAUAUACAGUUUUGAUUUUUAUUUGUGAAUAUUGGUUGCUAAAUGUUAAGUAUUUGAUGUUUGCAUCAUUAAUAAUCUUGCCAAGAUAUUACAUUUGGUACGUGCCAUGAAAUGGUGCAAUAUCUGUCUUGGUUUUACUUUAUUAGACUCAUUGGAGUAUUGUGUUAAUAAUUAUUUAUUCAUUAAUAUUUUUGUAUGAACAUGAUAUACUUGAAUAAGACGAGCUGGAAUGCUCUCUGGCUGAAACAGGGUGACUACAUUUGUGUAACUCUAAUUUCAGAUUUGUGUUGUCUUGCUUUUUGGACCACUAAAAAGUGAAACACA